UUACAACCAUUACAGAACCCAAUACAACCACAAGUUCUCCCACUGGAGGUUUGUCAUUUCUGAUCAUGCAUUUUUUGGUGGGUGGGGGGAUUAAAGUUGUGUCAAAGUAUAAAAAUUUAACUUUUUUGACUUAACAUUUAGUUAAAUACACUUUCUGAUAUAAUUUCUGUGUGAUAUUGAAUCAGCUGCGAGAGGAAUUUAUAACGUGAAUGAAUUAUAGUCUUAAUCUUAGUAUCAUACACACACACACACAGAUUACAGUCUGAUGUAAAACAUGGCUACAAUCUGAAGCUAGAUGUAGCACUGACAUAAUUAAACCAUAAACUGUAAUAGCAGGAUUUAAGUUGGGCUACAGAUUGCUAAACACCAAAAGUGAAAAUUAAAGCAUGAUCAGCUUCUGUAGCUCUACCUGUAGUCUAUAACAAAUGUUAAUAGGAGAACACAAGGAAAUAUUGCACCAGUUGUCAAAUUAAUAUUGUAUAAAUCGAAGGAGCUGAGUAGCAAAGAAUAUUUCAAACAUUUCCUUAAUGGCAUAGUGUGAUAAUUGUGGAAGUUAAAGAUAAUGAAGGACAAGGGCUUAAUAUUAGAAAAAAUAUUCCAUAGUGUUCUGGGCUCAGGAAUAAUUCUGGCCCUAUGAGUGAAGUGUGUGUUGUGAAGGUAAUAAUUAACUAUCCAAAUUGUUUCCAUCUAUGCAAUAGAUCGAAUUCGCAGAGAGUCCAAAGUUAAGGUGUGUGUUUGUUGUUACAGAUGCAAAUGCAAAGGUUGUAAAGGGAGAAUAAGUGUAAGAGACAUAAGUGUAAGAGACAUUAAGGACAGCAGCUUCGCUUUCCAUAUCAGAAAUAUUGCAAAUAAAUUAAUAAUGGAAAAAAAAGAGAGAGAUAGAUAUAGAGAGAUAUUGGCACAAUUUUUUGGACAAGAAGAAAAUAAUUCCUGCAUUUCUUUCAGCUCAGCUGGAGUAUUCCUGGAGGUAGUGUGAUCAGUCUUUUCAUUGUUUUCAUUCAUAAUGUUUAUUUCUCAACAGGUGAUUAUAGGGUGGUCAGUGUCUGCUGGCAGUGAUCAUUUGUAGAAAAUAUAGUCUGCUUUUAGGAAAGUACAAAAAAUUAUUUAAUCUCAGAAAUCUAGCACUUUCUCCCUGAAAAGCUGGAUACAGUCCAAGGUUUUUUUUAGGAAGCAAACAAACAAGAAAACAAACGAAAUAGAACAACAAAAUUACAACCAAAAGUAAGAGCAGAUUUCCUCAGAAGGAUAGUUGAAGCCUGGCCAGUGAACUAUAAAAGACCUUUGACUUUUUUGUUUGCCAUGCAAAGUAAAUCAUUGCAUGGCAAUCAAAUAUACCUUUAAACUUAAGCAAUAACAUUGCUUAUAAUUUUUUUUAGAUACCUUCAGUUUACUAAAAUGAACAAUACAGCAAAGAAUGUGGAGGGCUCCUCAAUAGAUCAGCGGUCUAUAGUAGACUGAUCAGUUUCCUUAGCCUUUCCAUUCUAUUGGACAAGGAUCUAUGAUUAACGCAUAAAUCAUCAUCCAAAACUGAGUUCUUCCUCAGUUUAUCUGUAAGGGGAAGUGAAGACUUGUUUGUACCGCGCUUCGUUUUUCUUUUCAUGCAGACACCACUGUCAGCACAUACACUGCAUGAACAACUCAGCUGACCCGUCUUUUUCAAAGGAAAUGGCCCCUGAGGAGUUUGAUGGUGCGACAGCAGUGGCUUGUGUGAUCCUGGGUCUGUCCUUUCUGAUAGGAGCUCCGGGAAACGUUCUGGUGAUCUGGACCAUCCUGAGACACGUCAAGCAGCGUUCCCACACUGUGGUGCUUAUCCUGCACCUGGCUGCUGCAGACCUGCUGGUCCUCAUCACCCUGCCUCUGUGGAUCUACUCUCUGGUACACACCUGGGUGUUCGGAUGGGCCUCCUGUAUAGCCUUGGUGUACAUUAUCAGUGUGUGCAUGUUUAGCAGCAUCUUCUUCAUCACCCUUAUGAGUGUGGAGCGCUUUGUAGCCAUCUGCCAUCCAUUUGUGAUGAAGCGCUGGAAGACCAAGAGUGUUAUGAACAAAUGUCUCAUACUUUUGUGGCUACUUGCUAUCCUUCUGGGAGUACCUGUUUUAUUAACUCAGCCUUUGGAUGAAGAUAGUGGAACUGAGCAGUGUUUUAUGAAGGAAUUCAGCUCUGUGACUCAAGCGAUCAUCUUCUUAUGCCUGGAGACCUUUGGGGGCUUUGUGGUUCCUUUCAUUAUCCUUAGUACAUGUUACUGUCUAGUAGCUGCCCAGCUCCAGAAAAUGAGUUACAACACCAAACAGAAAUCCAUGGUUCUUGUCAAUGCAGUGGUAAUAGCCUUUACUCUGUGCUGGUUGCCUUACCAUAUUAUCAACAUUAUUGAUCUGGUUUGCAUCUUAGAAUCAGGUAGAGAACAUGAAUGUGUGCCAAAGAGUAUUGUCUUUACCUCUGGUGCCCUUGUAUUCAUUAGCAGUUCAGUGAAUCCUGUGUUAUAUGCCUUCUUCGCAAGGAACAUUCGAGGCAGUCUGGAGGAGUCCCGACUCACCAGACUGUUCCAGGAAAUGGCCGCUCAUACCAACAAACUCAGGGAGCUGGUAGUACAACAGCAGACAGGCCAGAGGGCAGCAUGUACACAAGUAGAACUAAUGUCAGAUCUGUGUGAGAAAAACUGAAUCCCUGAUACUGUGAUGAACAUCAUUCAAACUUUAAACAGGUCACAAUUGUAUGAAUUUUUACACAUUAAUUCAGCUUUUUCACAAUCUUCAUAGAUUUUCUUUAAUCAGUUCAAGUUCCAUGCACAUUUCAGGCUAUUCAUAAAGCAAUGAAGUUUGAAUUACACUGUAAACACCAAUCCAUUUGUGACACAAUUUUAUUUUAAACUCCAGACAAUGUUGAGUGUUAAAAUGACUUCAAAGGUUAAUGUUCACUUGACACAACACUCAAAUCCAAAAUAUUAAAUUUUUGAGUAAAAUUUACUUGAAUUUAUAUAGUCAAUAUAGCCUAAUGAGUUCAAGGCCAACUAACAAGACAUACAUUGUGCACUUUGUUUACAUUUUUGAUAGCUGAAUAACUAAAAUAUGUAAAAAAUAUGCACUAAAUGUUUUUACAUUGAGAUGACCAGUAGUCACUUUCCUGUUCAAUCAAAUGAAAAGAAUGUGUUCAUUUUACAAAAUA